AACGAUUCAGCUAACUAUAGGGAUAUUACCAACAUUCAACCUUGGCAAGAUUUCAACUUCAACACGAUCUGGAACGAACACAACCAUGUCCUCAUGAAUGCCACCGUCGAAUACGACAGCCUACCUCCAUCGCCACAACGCAGCGUGAACAGUGAGACCCUCGUAAGGGCCGAAGUUUGCGAGCUUCUACGACCGCGAAUCAGGUGUGCUCUGCGUUCUUCAUUUGCCUUCACGGCCUCCUUCUGGGGAAUGCAGAGUCUUACUGAGCUCACAUUCAACACCGGCAAGGCAGCCCGUGUGAUCCACCAAUGUGAGCCGGAUCUUGCUUUCUUCGAUAUCAAUGUGCAAAUCGGGCACGCUGAGAACCGUGUACCGUGGGAUAUCAAGCCCUCGUACAAGUGGAACAGAGCCAUGAAAAACGCACCAGGCUCCCCUUACUUGCAGAACGAGUUUAAACAGGUGUUGAGUCAAGUCAACCUCUAUAUGAAGCAGCACGGUACUCGCUACGGGUUUGUUUUCACCAAUCAGGAGCUU